AUGGAGAAGCCUGAGAAGCCAAAGCGCUGGGCAAGUGCAAAGGGUGCUGCUCCCAUCGCUCCCGCCGGUCCCUCACCGAUGCCGGCGGGCCUUCGGGAGUUGGAGCCAGGCUCCACGGGACGUGGCCGGGGAUCGUUGGGGCUGGCUGCCGCUUACGCAGCAGGUGCUGCCAACGCCUUCCUUCAGCGGUACCAUGCGGAUCUUGCGCGGCUUGCUGAGCGAGCCGACUUACCUGCAGAGGCGCGCUGGUUCGAUUCUCACUGCCACCUGGAGAGCAUCCUGCAGCGGACCUGGCGGGGCGGUGGGAAGCCUCAAGUGGCCAACAACGAGCCGGAGGUCACGUUGCCAGAGCUCGUGGCCCUCUGGCCACCGGGCCUUGAUGGAUGUGUGGCAAACUUCGUGUUCAGGAAGGAAAGCAAGCCGGGCUUUACUCCUGAGUGGGAGUGGAUAGCACGACACCUGUCUCACUUCGAGGAAGGCAGCCCCAUCAGCAGUAAGUUGUGGUUCACCAUCGGACUUCAUCCGCACAAUGCUGCGGGGUGGGACGCGGCUGCCGAGAAGACCGUUCGCGAUUUCGCCGCCCAUCCGAAGUGCGUAGGCCUUGGUGAAUGUGGCCUGGACUUCUUCAAGCACGACCCAAGCGAGGAGGAAGUCCAGCUGACGGCCUUCCGCGCCCAGGCCAAACUCGCGGUGGAACUGGGCAAGGCCCUCGUCGUGCAUGCGCGCCUUGUGACGCGGGAGAAUGAGAUCCGCUUCUUGAGGGAGCUCAAACAGCUUGUUCCCCAGAAUCACCCGAUCCACAUACACUGCUUUGGAGACUCCUUGGAGCAUGCGAAGGAGCUGAUCGACCACUAUCCCAGGCUCCGCAUCGGUUUCACAGGGGCGAUCACCUUCUCCGACCCGCCAGGCUCCAAGGGCCGCCAGAAAGGCAGGGGCAAGCACAAAGGCAACGAGCUCAAGAAGGGCCAGGAGCACUGUCGUGAGCUGAUCCAAUGCUUGCCACUAGAACGGCUACUGAUCGAGACGGACGGCCCUUACAUGUGCCCGGAGCCCUUCCGCGGGCAGACAGCACAUCCGGGCCAUGUUCACCGAGUGGCUGAGAGGAUCGCCGAGUGGCAGAAUGUAAGCUUGGGCGCGGUGAUGGCUGCAACCUGGCAGAGCACGGUGGAGGUGUAUGGCCUGACGCGGCUUUGA